AUGGAGCUUGAAACUGGUACAAACCUUAAACAAAAUCAUGCUCCAUUUUUCUUCUCUCAUGAAAAUUACAUUAAAUCCUUCAUAAAAUCUGAGAUUCUUUUCGAUGAAGGAUCUUCUUCCAAAGGUUACCUUCAAGAUUUUCAUCAUCUUAGCCAUCACUUUAAUGCUAAUGGGUGUUCCUCAAAUCCUAUGUUUGGAGUCCACAUUCCAUGUUUCGACUCUUUGGAUGUCUCUGCACAUGCUUACUCAUCGUUAAACUUCGAUUUUCAUGAGUAUAAAUUUCAAAGUGGAGGAUACUUGGAGAAUCAUCACCAAAUUAUGAAUCCCCUGGUUGAUAUUACAGGAUCCAAUCAGAGCCACAUGCCAUUAAGUUUCAUAGAGCCUGUGAAUUUUGUAGUAUCAGAUGAAGUCUCAUCUGUAAGUGCUGAUAAUAUUAGUAGUUACCAUAAGAAAGCUGGCAUGAAUAAGAAGAACAGGCCAUAUCUUUCGACAAGGACAGGGAAAGUUGGGAAGAAGUACAAUGUAGUGAAGGGGCAAUGGACAAUUGAUGAAGAUAGGCUCUUAAUUCGACUGGUUGAACAACAUGGCAUGAAAAAAUGGUCUCAUAUAGCACAGAUGUUGCCUGGGAGAAUCGGGAAGCAGUGUAGAGAGAGAUGGCAUAACCAUCUGCGGCCUGAUAUCAAGAAGGAUAGUUGGAGCGAAGAAGAGGACAAGGCACUGAUAGAGGCACAUGCAGAGAUAGGCAACAAAUGGGCAGAGAUCGCAAAGAGAUUGCCUGGAAGAACAGAAAACUCGAUCAAAAACCAUUGGAAUGCAACAAAGAGAAGGCAGUUCUCUAAGAGAAAAUGUCGUUCCAAAAACCAGAGAGCCUCAGUCCUGCAAGACUAUAUUAAGACCUUGAAUUUAACUUCAACCGCCACCAAACAUCGGACAAAAACUUCCUUCAAGUUUAAUAACAAAACCAAAAUAUUAUCAAACCAGGCACCUGUUGAUAAUGACGAGGUCUCCCCGUGCGAUCACUUGGUCCUUGAUUUUGAUUUUAGUGAAGUCCCGGAUUUUGAUUUUGAUGAUGAUAAGUUAUUCGAAGAUGACUGUAGCCUUGAUUCUCUUAUUGAGCAGAUGCCUUGCGGUUCUGCUGUUGGUGAUGAUGAUAAGAAAAGCUUUGAAAUGGAGUUGUCACCACUAGAUGAGAAAUCUCAAGUGGGGGACAUGGAUUUGGUGGAGAUGAUUUGUCAAGCUAAUAAUAUGUAA